AGUCUCGUUCACAGACUAAUAUGAAUCAAUUUCGAUCCCUGGUACGAAAUAAGACACCAAAUAUUCGGAUUCAAGACCAAGUGCAAGAUCAAGUACGAACGCUGGAUAGAAAUUUCACCAGGAAUCAAUUCAAUGGUACUACACAAAAUAAUGCCGUACCAAAUAUGUAUGGAACAUAUAAUCGAGCACAAUCGAGACAAGAAAACAAAUCAACGGUGGCGACGUUGAGUCAAGUACAGGGUAGCGAUCCCAAUUUGUAUGCUGUGACGGAAUUGUAAAAUCAAACGGUGUACCAAACACAUGCAAACUGCCAUUAUAUAAGAAUUUUGCAAUUCAAUAACAUAUGUAAGCUCAUUGGUAAAUUGAGUGUGUGUAGAAAAUUGAGAAAAACGAAAACAAAAUCAUUCUUUUUAAGAGACUCUUUCUAGAAACAUUUUACAUUUUUUUAAGUAUUAACGUGCAUAUUUCGAUAUAUGCAUUCUUAUUUUAUAUGAUAAACUCGAAGAAAAGUGGCUCAAUCGUUUGGUAACUUUUGAUAAGAAUCAUAAACAUUUAUAUAUGUUUAAUCAUAAGAUUUUACAAAAGGUCGUCAUUUUAUGAGUACAAUUGAUAGAGACCGGAAACCAUAAAGAGUUUUCCUGCAAAGAUAUUCAAAAUUUUUGGGAAAUCAAAACAAAAAUAAAAAAAAGAGGAUGAAAAGAAAAAACACAUCUUUUUAUAACUAUAAACAUUUGCACAUUUAAUAUUUCUCAUCAAUUUCACGAAUGAUAAAAAUAAUAAUAUGAAUAAAAUAAGAUGAGGACAAAAUAUAACUUAAAAUCGAAGAAUUCAUAAAUAGUAUGUUUUCAGCAUUAUAAAAAUUCAUGUUGAAAUCAAAAAAAACAAUAAAAAGAAGAUAAAGAAGGAAUUCAUUUAUAUUAAUAAUUGAAAAAUAUUUAAAAAUAUUUUCAUUAAAUAAUUUAAAUAUUACA